GAAUAUUUAGCAGUCGCGCGCUUUACCCGAGCUCUUCGCUAAGCUAUUCUGGAAGCUUCUGGUUCCUUCCUUCAGAGUCUGGCGCUCGGAGGAGAGGGUCCGCUUGGCGGCGGCUGCUGACGGCGAACCAGUUUUCUCCUGAGGAGUCGCGAGGGAGCUUUUUACCUAUUUCAUCGUUAGCGUGAGGAAUUUGGAGUGUUUUUUCAAGCCUUUCCUCGUCUCGAUCUACUUUGCUCUAAAAUGGCAGUGACUAACAAAGCCGAGCUCUCCCCUCAGGGACCUCCGCGGAGCCAAGAAGUCCUGUUCGGGUUGUUUUUGUUUUUAUGCGUAAUAUUAACUCGCCACAAAGGCUACGUUAACCCUGAUUUAGCGCCCCCCCCGCAUGAGAUUAACGCUACCCCUGAUGGAGGUAUCGGGUCUCCCCCUCACUCGAAGACGCCGCAAGGCCUGGGAAUUCAGGGCGCGAUUUUCGGGGCCUUAAGAUGUUAUGGCAGGGGCGAGGUCAGCUUGCCCUGGCCUUCCCUUUGGCCAGCCCGGUCUACAAAAAUCGGCCGAAGCUGCUCGAGGAGUCCUCACCAAAUCAAUGGAAGUUGCAAGAAGAAAGAGAUUUCCAUAGUGCUUGAUGUAAUCGGGAGGACAUGUUCUAAAAUUUCUGAGAAGCAGAAAGUGAGCAAAAAGGCAGAUGAGAUGACAGGAUUCAUGGAUGACUUUACUCUGAGCUCUCCUAAAGGGAGAUCUCGGUUAUGUUCAAGAAGCAGCUGUAGCAGGCGAUCCUCCUCAAUAUCUUCUAGUAAUUCAUCUUACAGUUCAAGUUCUACUGCAAGUAUUUCAUCUUCUUCCACAAGCUGGAGUAGAUCAAGAAGCAGAUCAAGAUGACAUGCUAAAAGUAAUUGUUUCAGACCACACAAUUACGGAUACCAGGAAAGAUACCUUCUUAGAUAUUACAGAAGACAUCCUCAUUCACGGCCAAGGUAUUGAUCACGGAGCAGAUCUCCUAUUAGAUCAUACUAUCACAGGUCUUACUCCUCAGGUAGAUCAAGAAGCCGAGGAUACUAUAGGUUUGGAAGAACCAUAUGUUUGGAAACUUACAGAACAUGGGUAAACCAUUCCCAAACAAGAUCUCGCAGUAAAACCCCUCUUCGCUUGACAGAAAAAGAGAAAAGAGAACUACUUGAAAUAGCGAAAACUAAUGCAGCUAAAACCUUUGGGGAAGAAAUAGUCCUGCCAUCCAGUUUAAAAAUUGAUACUAAAUCCAGUGAAAAUGGAAAGCCAAAAGAGAACAACUUAGUUUUUAAGAAUAUAAUGCCAAGGCUACUGGCCCUGAAAUCAGCAAUUCUGCUUUCUAAAAAUCCUGGAGUAUCCCCAGGAAGAGAAAAAUGGCUCUGUUGGCCUGUGGAUCCUGUUAAGAAUGAGGAAAACGUCCCGUUUCAUAAUUUUUCACCUAAAAGUACAACUUUCAGAGCACGCUAAUAGUUCUUUUCUGGUUAAUAGCAUCUGAAAUAUUAUGAAAUUCAAAAUAUCUCAUUUUUGUGAUUUAAAUAUAGGUUACCUCAGAAUACAAGUAGGAUUUUUGACUGAAAUGGAUUGUCACAGAUAGGAAUAUUUUAGUUUAUAGUGUGUAAUACAUGUAACAUAAGAACAAAUGAAGGUUUCUCAUUUUAUAAUUUUAAGCACUUUAUAAACAGUGAUUUAUGGCUCUUGUUGGUAAUUCAAUUUACCUACGGUAUGUAGUUAAUAUUUCCCUUUAACAAAAAUACUACUUAUUGCAGUAAGUAUAAAGACAGCAAAAGAUGCAUUAGUGAAGUUCGAGUAUUUGCAUAUUAAUCCUUGCCUGUUAAGACUGCAUAAAUUACUGUCCUUGCACUUUUGUAAGAAACAUUUCUAAUAUGAAAUUUAAAGUUCUUAUUUAGCUGUAAAUAAGUUUGACACAAACAAAUAGGUCAUACUUUGAGCAGAAAAAGUUGGUCAGGGCAAGUUUAGGUAGUACUUAAUACGCUAUUGAUUAUUUUUUGACUUUCAUAGCUUGUGUAAAUACUGUGUUACAGCCAAAUAUUUUGAAUUGUAUAACAUUACAAUAAUCAAGAAAAAAUGGCAUUCAAAAUUAAUGAAGGAUGAAUUUAUACAAGUUGCAUAUUUUCUGCAAUUUUCAUAAAAAUCUGUAAUAGUAAAGAAUUUCAAGUAAACUUUUGAUUAUUCUGUGGAA